GCGAUAGUUUUAAACUAUCGAUACUAUCGAUAGUAUCCCAGUUCUACGACGUUUCUUCUAGUUCUAGUAUCGAGUAUUUACUUAUCUCGUUUGUUCCAUAUUUUAAGAGAUGGAAGAGUAUGCGCGAGAGCCUUGUCCUUUCAGGAUUAUUGAUGACUGCGGUGGUGCUUUUGCUAUGGGUUGCAUAGGUGGUGGAAUAUUUCAAGCUAUUAAAGGGUUUCGUAAUGCUCCGUCUGGCCUAAACAAACGUUUGGUUGGAAGUUUGGCUGCUAUCAAAGUACGUUCUCCAGUGAUUGCAGGAAAUUUCGCAGUUUGGGGAGGAAUGUUUAGUACUAUAGAUUGUACUUUAGUACAUUUUCGAAAAAAAGAGGAUCCAUGGAAUUCUAUAAUAAGUGGAUUUGCAACUGGCGGAAUUUUAGCAGCAAGAAACGGAAUCCCAGCAAUGACGGGCAGUGCUAUAAUCGGCGGAGUUUUGCUGGCAUUAAUAGAAGGCGUUGGAAUUUUAUUUACACGUCUUUCAGCAGAACAAUUCCGAAAUCCUACUCCGCCUACUGAGGACCCACUGGCGUUGGAAAGUGCAUCAAAAUCCUUUAGUUUCGGACAGCCGCAGCAACAUCGAUCUCAAUAUCAGUAACCGGUACAACAAUAAAAGUAUCGGUGAAUGCGUGGACUACGUGGAUUUAAAAUAACUACCCCCGGCACGUUCUUAAAUCAUAUAAGUUUAAAUCGGUGCGAUUUCCAAAAUAUCUUUGAAUAUUUGUUUUUGAAAUAAUUAAUAUCUUUUACACACAUAAUUUAUGAAAUAUAUAUUUAAGUAUUUAAAAAGAAAAUUCUAGAUCGUGGGUAAACAUAUUAGCCAGGCUUUAUUGUAAGACAAAGAGCAUUGAAAAUACACCCUGCACGUUUUUGACAUUUUCAAAUAAAUUUCAAACCCAUACGGACAAU